AUGCAAAAGCACAACCUUCGCACCAACAAGUGGCUCAUCAUCGACCGCAAGGUCUGCAACAUCACCAAGUGGUCCAACCAGCACCCAGGGGGCCACCGGGUCAUUGGUAACUACGCGGGAGAAGAUGCCACAGAUGCCUUCCGUGCCUUUCACCCCAACCUUGAUUUCGUGCGCAAGUUCAUGAAGCCCCUGUUGAUUGGCAAGCUGGCCCUGGAAGAGCCCAGCCAGGACCGUGAGGCAGAGCUCUGUUCUGCUCCCAGUAUCCUGGGAUACCUCAGUUCUCCUCAGGUGACCAUGCGGACUCUGAGACCAGGCCUAGAUGUCAUCCUGAUCCUGCUCCUCAUCUCUCCACAUCCUCAGCAGAACCAGGGAGAAGAGGAAUGGGCUGGAAAGAAGGAGCGUGCUAGAAAGAACCCGUUGGAAGUGGUUUGA